AUUUCAUAUAUAUUUUUAAGUAAUGAGUGAACAAGAACAUUAAAUAACCAAGAAUCAAAACUAAAUCUUGUAAUCUACAGAAACUCAUAAUUCAAUGCAAUAAGAAGGUUCAAACUAGAUUUACACCUACAAGGCUCCUUGGUUGAUUUAUGCAAUGGGAUUUUAAUCUAAACCCAGUCCUUAAUCUCGUAUUGCAAUUGGCAGUAUGAUUGAAGAUAUUUAAAAUGAAGUAAAUAUCCUCUUAUUUUUAAAAGGUUUUUAUACUUCAACUAGACAAAGAACAAGAAACAUUUGGCAAAAAAGCUAAAUUCAAUCAUAGAUAUGCUCCAACCAAAGUUUUAUGGAUACCCGAUAUUGAAGGCAAAUAUCCUGAUUUAUUAGCAACAAGUGGAGAAAAUUUAAAGAUUUGGGAAUAUGAUGAUCAAAAUUCAUAAGUUAAGAUUAAGUGGGACUUAAAAAAUGUAAUUAAUAGAUAUUCUAAUAAAAUUAGACAAGUGAUUUUAAUGCUCCUUUGACUUCUUUUGAUUGGAGUUGUAAAUAACAAAAUUAUAUUGGAACUGCUUCUAUAGAUACAACAUGUACACUUUGGGAUAUUGAAAAAUAAACUGUAUUUACAUAACUUAUAGCUCAUGAUAAAGAAGUCUACGAUAUUUGUUUUAGUGUUGACCAUCAAAUUUUUGCAUCUGUUGGAGCAGAUGGUAGUUGCAGAUAAUUUGAUCUAAGGUUAUUCAUCAAUAUAAAUCUUUAGAGCUUUAGAUCAUUCAACUGUACUUUUUGAAACAGAAAAUAAUAACCCUAUAGUAAGAUUGGCUUGGAAUAAAAUGGACACUAAUUUUUUAGCUAUCAUAGAAAUGGAUGUUAAUUAUGUUACACUGUUAGAUACAAGGUAAAAAUUCAUUUUAAUUUAGAUAACCACUUUUACCUUUAGCCAAAUUAAAAAAUCAUAAAGAUUAUGUUAAUGCUAUUGCAUGGGCACCUGAAUCUACAACCCAUUUAUGUAGUGUUGCAGAUGAUUCUUCAGCAUUGAUAUGGGACUUUUCAGAACUUUAAAAUAAAUCAAAUGAUUCAAAUUCUAUAGGUAGUCUAUUUUAAUUAUUUAGAUCCACUGCUUGAAUACAAAGCAGAAAAUGAAAUAAGUAAUUUAUCAUGGUCAUUGACUAAAAUUGAUUAAGUGAGUAUUUGUUAUAAUAAAUCAUGUUAAAUUUUAAAUGUGUGA